AUGGCGUUUCAUUUCCAUUCCCAUUCCCAUUUCCUUCUCUUCUUUUUUCUCACAGCAGGGCUAGCUCUACUCUUCCCCUCCACAGCAGAACCCCAUCUCACCGAAAACUACUACGAAAAAACAUGCCCCAAAUUCAACGACAUCGUCCAGCAAGUCGUGACCGACAAGCAAAUUGCGACGCCGACAACCGCCGCCGCCGUCCUCCGCCUCUUCUUCCACGACUGCGUGCUGGAAGGCUGCGACGCCUCCCUCCUCAUCGCCUCCAACUCCUUCAACAAGGCGGAGCGCGACCAUGACACCAACCUCAACAUCCCCGGCGACGGCUUCGACACCAUUGCCCGCAUCAAGACCUCCCUCGAGCUCCAGUGCCCCGGCGUCGUCUCCUGCGCAGACAUCAUCUCCGCCGCCGCCCGUAACCUCGUCAACAUGGUUGGCGGGCCCCACUACCGGGUCAGCUUCGGCCGCAAGGACGGCCUCGUGUCCCGAGCAGACCGCGUCGACGGCCACUACGCCAAGACCAACAUGACCAUCUCCGAGAUCAUCAACCUCUUCGCCUCCAAGAACCUCUCCGUACAGGACAUGGUCGUCCUCUCCGGGGCCCACACCAUAGGUUUCUCCCACUGCAAGGAGUUCAGCAACCGGAUCUUCAAUUUCAGCAAGACCUCCGACAUCGACCCGACCCUCAACGCCAAUUUCGCGAAGGGGCUGAAGAACCUCUGCGCAAAUUACACAAGUAACCCCGGCAUGUCGGCCUUCAACGACGUCAUGACCCCGGGCAAAUUCGACAACAUGUAUUUCCGCAACUUGCAGAGAGGGCUGGGUUUGUUGAGCACGGACCAAGCUCUGAUGGCGGACGAGAGGACGAAGCCGCUUGUGGAUCUGUACGCGUCAAACGAGCAAAAGUUUUUUGAGGAUUUUGCUCAGUCUAUGAUCAAGGUAAGCCUUAUGAACGUGAAGACAGGGAAACACGGAGAGGUGCGACGCAGAUGCGAUUCCUUCAACAAUCUCAAGACUUAA